GCUUUAUUUACCUGGCGCAUCGCAUCGCGUUGUUUUCUUUCUGCCGCGUAUCUUUACGCAGGGCUCGCGUUCGGCUUCGUGUGCUUUUACAUAUCUGAUUUCGUGUACAAAAAGUGCCCAUUACCCUCCUGUUUCUGUGUGGAGGCGUUCGCAACCACACAACCACAACAAGCGGCCUGGUGUCGUCACAUUCUAGAAGGUCAUCAAAGUGUUAUUACAACAAAGUUGAGCUUUACUGCAUCGAUCCCGUUAAAGCAGUGGCGGAUGCGUGGAGGCCAGAAAUAGUUACCGAAAUAGCGGAGGAGCGAUUGUUUCGAUACCACGCGUGGGUUGGUAUCGAAAGCGAAAACUAAGCACUGUGUGUGUAGGUUGCAGCAGUGUGAUUCAGCUAAAUGCACCACACCACCGUAAACACGCACGCCGCCAUCACACGCAAGCGCAUUCACAGCACACCGAGCGCAUCACAUACCGUUUGUGAGCGCGCGUGCUAGUGUUUGUGUAUUUUUAUUACAAACUUUGUUCCAAUUCAGUGUGCACCGGUUCGUGACCCAUAUCGAAUCGAACGAAAAACAGCCAAUUUGAAGUAUAAUGUCGUCUUCAAUACACGACGAGAGUGCGGCACAGAAUCACAACAACGGAACAGCAGCCGGCGGCGGUACUAUGCCCGUCGGGGCGGAAAAAUGGUACGGCAAUGGGACGAAAGGAACGGCCGAUGUGCAACCGCACCAGCGUCCCCGAAGGCUAUCGUUCAACGGGUCCGAUAUGGAGCUAUCCGACCUGAAGGGUGUUCAGGGAGCCGCAUCCGAUCGGGAGAAGAAUGCCAUCGACACGAAGCAAACGCUGAUCUUGCUGGCCGUCGCCACAACGCUUGCGGUUUCCAUCAAAUAUCUGCUUCCGUCCUUCGAUCUGGAAUCGUACCGAUCGAUCGGUUCCCGAGUCGUCGCAGUGGUGGAUAAUGUGUGGCAAGAUUUCCUAACCCGGUGUACCCGUGUCCGGCUGCCGACCUUUUCGUGGAAGAUGGAAAACCUUCUCCAGCAGGCUGGUGCAGUGUCGCAUACGCUGUAUGCGGUCGCUUUCGGGCUGCUGCUUUCGUCGUUUACCUGGUACAUCAUCUACCUGGACAGCAGCAUUCCGGGGGUGAAUCCACCGACACCGUUUUCGGCCUCGAAAAAACGCUACCGUGGUGGACCACCUAGCAAGGAACGCCGGUUUCACCUACCCUACAUAACGGCCCUGCUGAGCGGCGUGGUUGGAUUCUUAAUUGUACUUCUCGUCAAUGAGUAGGGCACGCAUCGUGGACCAUGGAUAAUAACGUCCCCAUAUAAAACAAAACGCCACACCCUGUGUGCCCGCUUCGCUCCGUAAAGUGCCUCCAUGAGCUCUAGUAUGAAACGCAGGGCAGCUACAUAUAAUAUUGCUUUCGCAUUCCGGCAGAUGAUGUAAGGCGAUGAGAUUUUUUUGGAACUGUGCAAUCCAUUUGCAUCAACCAUCGUGGCGUACACCGCAUUACUCGUUUAUCUUAUUUAUUUCUAUCUAUUUUUUUACUAAUUAUUACGCUUUAACAUUUCGUUCCUUUUUGCAACGAAAAACGGACUAACGUGCGUAUGCGAAGCUAAACUCGGGUGUUGUUUUAGUCUACGUUAGAAAAUAGAAUAAUCAACUUGUAUUUUAAGGCUUUUGUUGGUAGCUUAAUUUUGUAAAUAACAACUAAAUCAUCACGUGUGCGUCUAGGGGCAAAAAAGUUCAUUUAUAGUUUUCGUUUUUACAAUCAUAGUGCAUUUAGUACAAACAAUUGUCGUAAUAGUGUCUCAAUUAGCCGAUUGUGCUGUAACGGCACCCGCAAGCGCCGUUUUGAAUGUAAUAAAUUAAAGAUAAAAAUAGGAA